CACUGCUUGUCUGGAAGCCGCGGUGACGAUGAGCACUUGUACGAUGGUGCGCCAAAUGUGCUAGCUCAUUUUUCAUUUAGUCACUCGUUUAACGCUCAGGCGGUCGUGUCACAUUUGUUUAUGCCAUUCAUUCCAGUCGGUAUAGUAGGCAUAGUCUAUAUGGUCCCCGUGUGACUUUCGUGAAAACACACAAAACAAAACCAAACAAAAACACAGACGUAAAGUUUAAUCUUAAUAAGCUGUAUCGAUUAAUUGCUACCCGAAUUUGUGUCCAAAUGUGAAUUUCAUUUUGACGACAAACCUUCAAAUAAACAUUUGUCGUCGAUCAUCAGUCUACCUAAAGUAGCGGUAUCUUCGUUGCUACAGAAGUACAUACAUAAAUACAUGUGUGUGUACAUACAUACAUGCAUGUGUGUCGUACUUAGUGAUAAUAGUCAACUUUGUCAGCCAUAUGUGUUUAUUUUAUUGUUUACCAAACACAAAUUCAUUCAUAAAAAUUUUACAAAAUAGUACCAAUAAAAAUAGCAAGAUUCGAAAUAAACUAUAACAACAACAGAAGCCGAAACAAAAGCAAGAUCAACCACCAAUAUAACAACGAAAAGAAAAGAAGAAGAAAAACAAUAUAAAACAAUCAAGUUAAUGCAGGAACAGCAACAACCUGUCUGGUUGUUAUAAAGAUACUAUUCGAUUUGUAUCAAAAAACGGCUCAGAAAUGUAUUUUAGGGAUACAACCUAUUACUUCCGAAACAGACCGCUGGCAGCAUUAGCGUUCCUAACAUGGGUGCUAAUUUCAAAGCUGGAGCCAAUUACGCCUGCAUCUACUAUUAACACAUAUGCAGACAGUUACGAAGAGAGCCCGGCGGAACUCUACAAUUAUGAGUGUUUGGCGAAACAAGAUAGUCCUCUAUUUGCUCCGAAUAUGGACAAGAUUGGUUUACAAGUGAUGUCAUGGCCAUCGCACCAGCUCAUCUCUCGAAUAUUUGCUUUAUUCCUACGCGACGUCCUAAAUUAUAAAAAUGUGUACUUGUUUCCUGUUACCUUCAAUGGGGAUCUCAACGACACCAACUACGAAGCUAAGAAGUUCACCCAUAUUAUGGACCUCAUAAAUAAUCCGAAUAUUCUUAUGAUGAAUGUAGGUCUGUGGACACCCGCCCAAGGGCAUUCGGUCAAACCGCAAAAUGUCCAUGCGGCGGGUGUCUCGAUGUUCCCUGGACGUUUUGGUUGGUUUGCGUCUCCAGGACGUAAUGGCAUGCCAGCUCACCCGCUUCACUAUUCCAUUUUCCUCAAUCACACAAAUCCACUUUACGACCAAUUUGUGUUGGACGAAGUUGAAAUAAAACAUUUAUUGCAGAGCAACGGCUCAGAGUAUUUUCAAGGCGAACUCUGUCGAACAAUUCGGUGUGCUACCCUUCUGGCCGAAUACAAAAAUGACACGUCUUUUGUUCAACACCAAAUUGAUGAAAUGAAGGCCUAUCUCAAUGUUCUCUGGCUUGGUCCACGAUUUCGAUCUGAACUAGAUCGAUUGAAUACCAUUUUCACGUCAGGACACUCCGAAAAACGACUCUUGAUUUUGCAUUGGAUUCCAUCAGAUGUCGUUGGCAGUUCGUAUGAGUACAUUACGCUGCCACAAUGUGAGGAGUUUUUCUCUCUAUUUCGCUCCUACUGCAAGUAUGAACUGACACCGGUCAUAAAGUACUAUGCCAAGGGUGUUGCCAAGGAUGAACGAUUGAUGUUCGCCCUGCGCUACUUCUGGAUUCCGGAUUUGGGAUAUCUUUACAAUGAAGUAAACAGACGACGAAUCGCCAGUCAUAAAGGCUACAUCACAAAUGAGAUGUACGAUGAUGUAGCGUGCCGCUGGUUGCGGACUCAAUCGGUGGAGAACAGUACGUGGGUUUUGAGGAAGCGUAAAACACUGUCGGUCGGAGGUAUUUUUCCUAUUUUAGAGGACAGUCGGGGACAUCAAAAUCUUAUUCAAGCUGUGCGCAGAGCCGCCAAUGUAAUCAAUGGCAGUACCGUAAUUCUUCCUAACUACGACUUCCGUGUGUUGGAGAACGAUGGCGAGUGCAAGGCCGACAUUGUCAUGAGGACCUUCAUUCACUACUUUAAUGAUCCCGAUGUGGUGGGUGUUUUGGGCCCAGCCUGCAGUGAGACUGUUGAACCCAUAGCAGGUAUAUCGCGACACACGAAUAUGGCGGUGAUUUCGUACUCAGCAGAGGGUGCUUCCUUCAUCGACCGGCAAGCGUAUCCAUUCUUUUUCCGCACAAUUGGCUCAAAUCGACAAUAUGAAGAUCUCUAUAUCAGUCUGAUGAAAGAAUUCGGUUGGAGGCGCGUCGCUGCUAUAACUGAAGAUGGACAGAAGUACACCGAAUACAUUUCACAUAUGGAGACAACAUUGAAGAAUAACAACUUUGAACUGAUUGCGAAUAAAAAGUUCCUAAAUGAAGUCAAUCCUCAUCAAAUGCGAAAGCAUCUGGAAGACUUAAAACAGAGACAUGCUAGAAUUAUUAUUGCCGAUAUUCACAAUAAAUAUGCAGCUAUGACCUUAUGCGAGGCCUUUAAGCUGGAGAUGACUGCGUAUCAGGGAUAUGUGUGGUUUUUGCCAUCAUGGCUCUCGAAGGACUUGGCAGCUCUGGCUGCAGAGGGCAAUAUCAAUUGCACGAUCGCAGAAUUGCAGAAGGCAUUCGAGGGACAUUUUAGCAUUACCCACUCUCCCUUCGGGAAUAAUUAUACCGUGAUGCAGGAGAACAUAACGAUCAAAGAAUGGAUAGAUUCAUACCACAGCAAUGUAAAAGACGUUUCCCAGUAUACGGCAUUCGCUUAUGACGCUGUCUGGGUGUAUGCCAAGGCGGUCGACACAGUUUUGCGUGAAAAUAAAGACGUCGUGGGAACAUUUAAAUCAAAGUCCAUGGUGGAACGGCUGGUGGACAUUAUUUGGGAGACCGAUUUUCAGGGUCUCUCGGGUCGAGUACGUUUUGGACAAGGCGGCUCAAGAAUAACCGAUUUGAUUGUCAUGCAAUGGCGCAACAAUCAAUCAUUCGUAGUUAAGAAAUAUGUACCAAAAAUCAUUAGCAGCGGACGAAACAUGAGGACCAAUGGCGGUGAGUUGGUAAUGGGCCAGACGCCCAUAGUUUGGUUGUCUGACGCUAAACCACCAAGUGACGGGACCUUUGACUGCACCUUCUCGUCGUUGGCCAAAAUGUUAAACACGGACUGUGAAAAGGCAACUGUGACGUUUACAACAAUUGUUUGCCUGGCAGCGGUAGUGAUUGUGUCCAUGGUGUCAUUUCUCUUCUGGAAACGUCGGUACGACAAAAAACUCAAAGAAUCGGCCAGGAUCAUGAAGAAUUUCGGUAUAGAUUUGCUCUCGCCGACGAACAAUAGCGCAAACACCUUAGACAAAUGGGAGGUGCCAAAGGAAAAUGUUGUCAUUAACCGGAAACUAGGCGAUGGAGCAUUCGGCACAGUGUAUGGCGGUGAAGCCUUCAUUCCUGCCGAGGGCUGGACUGCGGUAGCUGUGAAGACCCUCAAAACGGGGGCUUCUACUGAAGAUCGUCUAGACUUUUUGUCGGAGGCUCAGGCGAUGAAGCUCUUCAAUCAUAAGAACAUUGUCAAACUCUUGGGGGUUUGUCUGCAAUCGGAACCCAUCUACACUAUAAUGGAGUUCAUGCUCUAUGGAGACCUUAAGACCUAUCUUCUGGCUCGUCGUCAUUUGGUAAACGAAAAAAUUAGCGAUGAUUCCGAUAUUUCAUCGAAGCGCCUUACCAUGUAUGCUGUAGAUGUGGCAAAAGGCCUAGCCUACUUGGCGCAACAGAAAUACGUCCACCGCGACAUAGCCUGUCGAAAUUGUCUGGUCAGUGCCCAAAGAACAGUUAAGCUGGGCGAUUUUGGCAUGGCUCGUCCCACAUAUGAGAGCGACUACUAUCGGUUUAACCGCAAGGGCAUGUUGCCCGUACGAUGGAUGGCACCAGAAGCCUUGGCCCUCGGUAUGUUUACACCGGCAUCUGAUGUAUGGGCGUUCGGCGUUGUGCUCUUUGAAAUAAUAACAUUUGCCUCUGUUCCAUAUCAGGGACUGACCAACAACCAAGUUCUGGAGUAUGUCAAAAGUGGCAAUACGUUGCAGGUACCGGUCGGAAUCAAACCGCAACUAGAAGCUCUUAUAAAUGCAUGUUGGAACCGCGAUCCCAAAAAACGACCCACUGCCUCCGACAUAAUCGAAUACAUAUCGAAGUAUCCCAGUCUUCUCACUGCAUGUUUGGAAUUCCCAAGCGCCUCCGUGGAGAUGCCAGAGCCCGAAUGUGAUGAAUUUGAACUGUUAACGAAUGUUCGAAGAUGUUCGCCGCAAACCAAUGACACAAGCUUAGACGUAGUAGUCCAAACGUCUAUCACUGAUAGAUACGUCACUGCCAACAGCGAUAAAAAUGCUAGCCAAUCAGUUGGCAUCGGUAUGGAUCACAGCAAUCAGGCAGAGAGCUCCGAACAAUACGCCUCGCUAACGCCAACGACGCCAGAUGGCUACAGUAUUAUGUCACCACUUAUCCAUCAAUCGACCAAAACUGUUAGUCAGCAGAUGCAAUUUUAAUGAAAAUAUAGCCUAGAACUAGAUAUGUAUGUAUGUGUGUGCAUCGAUAAAUGAAUAGUAUAGACGACAAAGUGAUCUCAGCACGUUGACUGGCUGUGAAACCUUUUGACAACAAAGAAUAAUUAUGUAUAGCUCCGUUCAAGAACUUGCAGGAAUCUACUACUUUAUUAACCAUAUUUGGCAACUUUUUACAAGAGAACCAGAACCUGAAAAAAAACUAGUAAAACGUGUAGGCAAUUUUAAGGGAAAACAACUUGAAGAAAUAAGCUGGAAAAUUAUUUACCAGACUAAUUAGGUCGCAUAUCACAGUUUAGGUUCAAGGUCCAUAUCCGUCCACGUUUUCCUAUAGCCCCCAUAUAACGGUACCUCCCGAUAUUCGGAAUUUUCAUAAUUUUAGCGGCAGUUUUUAAGGUAAUUAUUUCAUAUUUAAAUGUUUCUAUGCAGGUCCAAGUCUUCGUAUAGCCCCCAUAUGACGGCACCCCCAGAUAUUCGGUAUUUUGAUGCUUUUAGCGACAUUAUUUACCGGAAUUAUUUAAAAUUUCGUAUUUGAAGUUCGUAAUGGGUACUACAGUCUAUGACAAACAUUUUUGUAUGCAGGUCCACGUCUUCGUAUAGUCCCCAUAUAACGGUAGCUCCCGAUAUUCGGUAUUUUGAUGAUUUUAGCGACAUUAUUCAUCGGAAUUGUUUCAAAUUUGGCAUUUAAAGUUCGCAAUUCAUUUUUCAUUUAAGUGGUAGUUUCCGGAAGUUUUUUUGAAAUUUUUAAAGUUUCAAAUGGUGGAGGGUUUUUUACUUGUUGCUCUUAAAAUCAUUUUUUAAUUGAGUUCGUUGAUUACUGACCAGUGCCAUUAUACUAGCCAUUCGUCGUCUUUAUAGUCAUUUAACGAUGUACAUCCAGCGAGUACCUCACUAAACAUAAAAACAGACAUAUUCAUAAUUUUUCGUGAAUUCAUACGUCAUGCUUUCAUACCCCUAUCUUAGCUGGUCUCUGAAGAGAAUUGUAAAAAAGACUCGGUUUAAGAACCGAACGUAAACGUUGGCCUUAUUAACUUUCGAAUACAAUUUACUUACUUGUAUGUAUCUGUAUGUAUAUAGAAACUAGCUCUAAAUAUUUAUUUUAAGGAUCUUGGUUCCUAUUGUACUGUUUUAUUAAUUUAUUAUUAUAUUUAUGUUGUUGUGUUCCAAUAUUUAAAAACGCAAAUUUAAGAGUUCAUUCAAAACCAAAUAAAAUAAAAACUAUGCCGUGUAUGUACACAAAAUUAUUAAUAUGU